CAUCGGAAAUCCAACUUCGAUUUUGAAAUUCUCUCGCAUUCUUCCAAUUGAUCUCGCAUUGUUCCUAUUGCUCUUGGUUUUCGAUCCAUCGGAAGAUUCUGAUUUAUUCCGAUUCCGGUUCCGAUUCAAAUUUGCUUGCUUGGCGUUGAUCGAAUUCCAUCGUUUCAUUUCGCGAAAAUCCGAUCGCAUUGGCCAUUGAAGUCAAUAAUAUUGUCAAUUUCGAGAAUCGAAUCCGAUUUCCCUGUUCGAUUGGCGUUUGAAUUUUGAAUUUCUCUUCUGGUAAUUCUGAAUGAGGGGGUUUUAUGCGACGAGGAGAAGAAGAAGAAGACGAGGAAGGAGAUGAUUUUCGGUUCAAAGGUACAAUGACUGGAGGGUCAUUAGGUCUCCGCACGGGGAGUUAUGGAUCAUUGCAAUUACAACAACAUCAACAACAACAACACCAACACCAGCAACAACAUCAACAUCAGCAGCAACAGAAGAAUGGAUUCUGGAAUGUUCAGCCGACGCCGAUUCUCCUCCGCAAGCCCUCGAAGCUUCUUCUUUCGAGAGAGAAGGAAAAGCUUCGGCCUUUGCUCUGCCGAUUUUUCGGUCGACGGAAGAUCGCCAUGCUUCUUCUCGUCGUCCUCGCUCUUUUCGUCUUUGUGUUCGGUUCAUUUACUGUUAACAAAGAAAACGCUAACUUGAAAAUCGCCCAACGUAUUGAAAACAUCAGAACUGCUGACAAUGGCCCGCCUAUUGAAUUUAGAGCUACCUUCGGUGACGAUGAGAUUUUUUCUGCUCGCGAGAUCAUUACUACAAGAAGGGGCAGAACUAGGCGUCUGAUUUUUCCCGAGGAUCAUGACAAUCGUUUCGACCCGAAGCUUUCUAGUACCUCGGUUUCUCGAAAUUCUGUUCCGGCUGCCCAUCAAUGUGAAAAUUUCGCGUUUCCUCCACCUCCUCCAGCUAAUCCAAAGAGGAUUGGACCGCGCCCAUGUCCAGUAUGUUAUCUUCCUGUGGAGCAGGCGGUCACUAUGAUGCCAAGGUCCGCAUCAGUGUCACCUGUAAUCAUUAAUUUGUCAUAUAUUCUUGAUGACAAUCCAACUAGAACUGAGCCUUUUGGUGGCUCUGAAUUUGGUGGGUAUCCUUCUCUGAAGCAGAGGGAUGAUUCUUUUGAUAUAAAGGAGUCAAUGCAAGUGCACUGUGGAUUUGUCAGAGGAAGUAGGCCUGGCUUCCGGACUGGAUUUGAUAUUGAUGAAGUUGACCUUAUGGAGUUAGAGCAGUCUCAUGAGGUCAUUGUUGCAUCAGCUAUAUUUGGAAAUUAUGACUUAAUACAACAACCCAAGAAUGUUAGUGAAUUGGCACGAAAAACCAUUCCAUUCUACAUGUUUAUUGAUGAAGAGACAGAAGCGUAUUUAAAGAAUUCCAGUGUCCUAGACAACAGUAAGCGGGUUGGAUUGUGGAGAAUUAUUGUCGUUCACAAUAUUCCGUACAAUGAUUCAAGACGAAACGGAAAGAUCCCAAAGCUACUACUACACAGGAUCUUUCCCAAUGUUCGAUAUUCCAUAUGGAUAGAUGGGAAGCUCCAGCUUGUAGUGGAUCCUUAUCAAAUUCUUGAGAGGUUCUUGUGGCGUCACAAUGCAACUUUUGCAAUCUCAAGGCAUUAUAGACGCUAUGAUGUUUUUGAGGAGGCUGAAGCUAAUAAAGCUGCUGGAAAAUACGACAAUGCUACCAUUGAUAGGCAGAUUGAGUUUUACAGAAAAGAGGGUUUGAAACCAUAUUCUACCGCUAAGCUUCCUAUAACUAGUGAUGUUCCUGAAGGUUGUGUAAUCAUAAGAGAACACAUUCCUAUUACCAAUCUGUUUACCUGUCUAUGGUUCAACGAAGUUGAUCGUUUUACUUCUAGGGAUCAGUUAAGCUUUUCCACAGUAAGGGAUAAAUUAAGGCAAAGAGUUGGUUGGAGUAUCAAUAUGUUCAUGGAUUGUGAAAGGCGUAAUUUCGUAAUACAGACAUACCACAGAGAAUUACUAGAGCACAUGCCUACUCCUGAAGUGAGUGAUUUCAGACCAGUUCUUCCAAGUGGUAACACAUAUGGUAAGACUCCAGCAGGAAAGAAGGCUUCUACUCGACGAGGGCGAGAAAGAAAAUCCGGUUCAAAGCGUCACCGGAAGGUAACUGCUGGUGGUAGAUAUAACAGCUAUUUUUAAUUGUUUCCUUUAUUGAUUGAUUGUCCCGCUUUCUCUCCUCUUUUUGACUCAAGAGAAAAAUGUAAUUUUUUUUUUUUCUCCCUUUUUGUCUCGUUUAAAUCACAAGUAGGAAGGUCUUGCUAAAUCUGUGCAGAAAAAGGGAAGCAAAAGAUACCACUCUAAUUUUUGUUUGGGAAUUGUUGAUAUAUAUUCAAUUUCGCUGUAAAUACCGUGCCCUUAAUAAGUUCAAUACGAGCUGCUGCGAUUUU